UCGUUUAGAAUGUCAAUCAGCUUAUCUUUUUGGUGUUUUGGUUUGUGGAACUUUUUAACAGGCUGCGUUUCUGGUCAUGGAUGCUUCCAUGAAAAGCCAGCUCAAAAUAGAAAGAUAUUGCAUGCUGAUUUGAAGGAAAACAAUGGAUCCACAACCGGUGCUGGGAAUAUGGAAAACUUUGUGGGAUGGGAAUUAAGGGCAGUGCCAUCAGGUCCAGAUCCUUUGCACCAUAAUGGUGGUAGCCCUAAGAAGCCUAGGACUGACCCUUAAGUUUCCUUUCCUUGCGCAUGUUUUAGUGUUUUGUUGGGGGUGCUUAAUGAAUUAUAACAUAAUAUCUAGUUCGUUUCAGCUUCUAUUUUGGAGGGUAAUUGUUGUUUAAUCAUCAAGACACUUUGCCUUGGUCUCUUAUCUUUUUGUUCUCUAUUUUGAACUUUUGGUUUUCAUAUAUAUAUAUAUGUGUGUGUGUAAA